AUGAACGCGCCGCCGUCUCCGCCGGUUUCUUAUUCGACGACGUCUACUUCUUAUAGCAACGGUAACAAUAAUGAAGGCAAAAGGUACAAGCGUCGGAAGGAUUUCCAAUACAAGCAUGGUCAAAGGCACCACUCAUAUGACAGCGAAAAAGCACCCUAUCCCCUUUCCUAUGAUAGAAAGGUUCUCGAAUUGGAGUCUUUUGACAAUACCUUGGCGCAAUAUCUUCAAGGUUCAUGCUCUUUUGCACCCUUGAAGGAACCUCCAAGCCGUGUGUUAGAUCUUGGCUGCGGGACCGGAACAUGGGUGAUAAAUGCUGCCAAAGAAUGGAAAGAUUGCGAUUUUGUUGGAUUCGAUUUGGUGGAUAUUCAAAUCCCCCUCAAGAUUUUGGACCCUUCGCUGGCGAGGCGGAUUGAGUGGAAGCAUGGGAACUUCCUAACCACCAAACUGCCGUUCGAAGACGACGAGUUUGAUCAUAUUCAUAUCCAGGGUAUAGCUUUAGGUGUUCCUGAAAACAAAUGGGGAGUUCUCUUCGAGGAAGUUUCCAGAGUAUUACGAUCUGGGGGUACGGUGGAAAUGAUUGAAGAAGAUGCUUUAUUUCCAACACUUCCUCUCUGGUUCACAACGGCGCUUCGAUCAAAACCACUAAGAGCUCAGUCAGCUCGAUUUUCAUCUCAUACCAGUACUACGGCCCCUUCGCAUUCCCCAGAAAUUAUGGAUCUUGAUACACGACCACCUCAUGACCACGCUUUGUUAGAAUCUCUUCACCAAUCUGUUUUUCAGAAUCGGUUUAUCAACAUGAAGCCUUCUGCCGUAUUGCCUAGUUAUUUUACGACGUAUUUUAGACAGGUCACUCUGGGCCCCCUUCUGAGCUUCCCGAUGCCACCUAUUGCACCAUUGCAGCCUCUGCCUCCUCAGAUAAUAACAUCAUACGUUGUUGAACCCAACUCCGAUAAUCAUGAGCUUGGAUCUAAAUCUCAGCUGUCGGAAAGCAAAGUGCCUGCCUUGCGCCCUGUCUCCAUGUCCUUUUCAUCCUCUGUGUCAGGAAUCGCAAUCCAUGGAGAAUCUGACAUCAAGCCGACUCGGGCUCGUACUGCGUCCGCACCCCUGACAUUUUACCCAUCGAAUUCCAGCCCCUUUCCCGAAACUUCCCACCUUAAAAUUGCUGGCUCUGACGACUAUGUGGCCAGUCCAUCACAUCAUUACACAGUUGAGAAUUCUAUAACUGAGAGUGAAGCAGUCAUUCUUGCGCCUGCUUUAUUAUUUCCGAAAAACCGACUAGAUUCUUUGAGUGAACGAUCGCUCGCUAUGCAUUUAUACCGCACCAAUCAAGCCGUGUUAGCCUGUCAAGAAGCAAUGUGGGAGGAACUCAAGGACAGAAUACGAAAUCGAAAAGAAGAAUUAAUACCUUUUGGUUGGGAUGAUGAUGUAGAGUUGGAAGAGCUUCAAAGCCGGAAAAAAUUCGAAAGGUUGAUUGAAAGGUAUACAAGUGAUAUGCAAGCUCGUGUUGCGCUAUGGCAUUCACUAAAUACGAUGGGAUGGCCAUUGCCAAUGCGAGAGCCUUUAUCAAAGGCAGAACUGAUCGAAGAGGAACGCGUCCGAGAAAGUAUGAUGGAAGCACGAAAGAGAUCUACUCUCGAAGAACUGGAGAUACCUUGCCGUUCGAUCAGGGUGCUCAUAGGUUCCAAUUUAUGA